AUUACAUCAUCUUGUAACCAACUUAUUGUUUAAUCAAAGUGUUCAAUAAAAGUGUCAUGGAUACUUUAUAUCAUCAAUUGAAUCAUUUAAAAUGUUUAACAAUUAAUGAUUAUUUAAAACAAAAUCAAGUAUCUAAUCAAUUAAAUAUUAUUAUAACAACACCAGAAUUAAUGAUUUUAUUAAGACGAUUAUCUUAUAAAUUUGGUAUUAUUAAAACAGCAAAUUACUUGAUAGAUAAUAUAAAAAAUAAUCCAUCGAAGUUGAAUUUCGCGGAUUUAAUAUCUCAAGGUCAUUGCUUAUUGAAACAAUUGCAAGAUCAAUUUUCAAUUGCCAAUAUAACAAAAAGAAAAGAAAAUAAUACUAUUCAAUUCGAAUUAUAUAAAAUUUAUGAAAAAUUGAAUUUAUUUGAACAAAAAUUAGAAUCAUUCUAUGAAGUAGCAUGUCAACAAAUAGAAAUGAUCAAUAAUCAAUUGAAUGUUACAGAUAGAUUAAUUGGUUAUAGAAAUAAUUUAAAUUGUAUCAGUUCUACUAAAUAUAAACAAGUAGAUCAACCUGAUUUUAGUCAAGAGAAAAGACCUUGUAUUGCUCCACGAUUUAAUAUUCCCAAUUACAAUCAAAUAACUUGUGAUGCUUCAGACCAAUCAAAUAGAAGCUAUGAAACAAAGCAGAAUGAAGUUCAAUGGCCAUCAACGGUUCAGGAACAAGCAGGAAUAUGUAUCAAGUAUCCUGGUGAGUCAGAAACUCGUUCGACAUUCACAAAACCAAAUCAUUGUGUAUCAGAAGUUUUAACAAAUCAUGGUCAACUACGUGUAUGUAAACCAGGCUAUCAAAUUAAUCCACAUUCAGAAAUUAAACUAGAUGGAUAUGGUCCUAUCAAACAGUAUGAAUUGAAUAAAAUGGAACAAUCAGAGUAUGCACAAACUUAUACUUGGCCAGAUGGUAAAAAGAUACAUACAAGUCCAUGGAACAGAUUACGAGAAGCUAAUCAUUUGUAUGGUGUUAAAUAAUUCUGAUAAUUCGGUUGCCUUCAUAAGACUAAGCAUUGUAACAUUUCUGAUUAGUUUAUUUAGUUAAACAAAUCAUUCAGUAAAUGAAUCUGUUAAAAGCUAACAAGCCUUUUCUUUUAAAUAAAAAUAAGCAAACACCAAAGACGACUAGUCAACUAGGACAAUAGGGUUCUA